AUUCCUGAAAAAUGACAACAAUGACUAAUUCUCUUAUUUCUAAUUCAGUUUCCUCUGUUCCUGAAUCUCUAUUCUCAUCAGCUUCAAUUCAUCGUCCAGUUGCUAUUAAUCCAGCAAUGCUUGCUCAAUUCAGCAUCAAUCUGCCUGUUUUGCCAUUUGAAAGUUCUGCUUCUUUGGGAACAUCUACCACAUCCAGCUCGAGAUGCUCUUCAACUGAAAGUUCUGCUGCUCCUGGUAAAAUCCGUCGUGGUCGACCACAACAAGAAAUUGCAGAUGGACAAGAUGCUCACAGUCAAAAGAAGCGUCAUCGCCGUCUUUAUGCUCGCCAGUACCGUGCUCAAAUGCGCCAAAAGGUGGAGAAUGUGAAAAGUCUUCAUGAUGAGAAGGAGCAACUCGAGUUGGAAGUAAAAGCUCUCCGGCAAGCAGUUAGUGGUCUUCAACAAGAAAAUGCUCAAAAAGAUUUCUUGAUCAGUAUUUUGCAACUCAAUAAUCAAAUCAACCAUUCCUAAGAACAUCUUCAAUAUUCCCCUCUCCCGAAUCCUCUUUGCCAUAAUUUUUCAAAUUCGCUCAUUCUUUGCUGACAUAAUUUGGUCUUCUUUCGAAAUGUUAUUAAUAAAAAUUGACACGGUUUUG